AUGACUCAGUACAUAUUUCGGCCACAAAAAAGAGCCGUGGCAAAAGAUGCUCAUGAAAGCGUCGCCUUCAACAGUGAGGAUGGUCAGGAUGAAACAACUAGGCUUUACCUCAAGCUAUAUAUAAAAGCUGGACUUCCCUGCAUGAAUCUUCUUAGAAUGACAACUGUGCCAAUAUUAGAGCAACUAUAUUUGGAGGAAAGACUGCUCAGAAGCUCAACAGAGAAUUGGUGUAUCAUUAAUCAUGGGACAAGUCUUCCCACCAUAGUCAUGGGCAUAUCUGGGAGGCCUUCAGAACUUGUUGAACUGAAGUCGGUGCUUCGUUAUCAAAUUCCUGUGAUUAGAAGAUUUUCUGGAGGAGGCACGGUUAUCAUAGACAAUGUCACACUUUUUGUCUCUUUAAUUUGCAACAAGAAUGCUAUUUCGGGCUGUAAGAUAGUUUUGUGUUGUUAUCAGAACUAGAUAUUCUUCAUUCAACACUAUUACUACAU